CUCGAGACUUCAUUCCACGUGAAAGUGGAAGUGCUGCCAAGUUUCCAACAUAACACUGGAAUACCAGUUAAUAUUAAGGAAAUCAUGCCUGGAAAACUACAAGACACUAAAGAUAACACCAUGGGUGUUCAAGAAAACCAAGAAUCAGUAGCAAAAACAUCAAAAAAGGGCAAGAAAGAGAAGGGAACUAAGAAAAGCAAGGCAGCUAAGGAAGUCCAUAUGGAAACUGAACCUGAAACUGACACCAUAGUGAAGGGUACAGAUCAACAACUGCCAGUUUCCAAAAAGGGAAAGAAGAGUAAGAAGAACAAAGUGGAAGAGCUCAAUGGAGAUGAUACACCAACUGAAUUAAAGAAUGGUGACAGCAAAGAUACAAAGAAAAAACGAAAAAGCAAAGGAGAACCAGAAUAUGUCAACAAAGAAGAACCAGAAAAUGUGAACAAAGAAGAACCAGAAACAAAAAAGAAAAAGAUUAAAAUUGAAAAGACUGAAUCAAGUCCCAAAAAGAAAAAGGAAAAGAAAAUUAAGGUAGAUCAGACAGAGAUUAUGACAAAUGGUGUAACAAAUGGAAAUGUGAAAGUUGAAUCAAAUGGUGUCACAGUAAAAGAUGAGUCAGAAGCGAGUGACUCAGAACCUGAACUGUCACCUGACCAGAAGGCCGGACAAUUUAACAAUUUUGACAUAUCAAAAAAGACAGUGGAUAAACUUUUAGCUAGAGGAGUAAAAUAUCUGUUCCCCAUUCAGGCUAAGACAUUCCAAGCUGUGUUUGACGGUAGAGAUGUAAUUGCACAAGCAAGGACUGGUACAGGAAAAACAUUGUCUUUUGCCCUACCUCUUGUUGAGAAACUUCAGAAGGAGGCCAAGUAUGGAAGAGGAAGAUCACCCAAGGUGCUUGUCAUGGCACCCACAAGAGAACUAGCCAACCAGGUCAGUGAGGACUUCAAAUCUGUUUCAGAUAGGCUUGCAGUGUCUUGCUUCUAUGGGGGUACCCCCUUUGGCCCACAGAUGAGUGACAUCAGACAGGGUAUAGAUGUACUGGUAGGGACCCCUGGGCGUAUUCUAGACCACCUGCAGAAGGGAGUGUUGAAGAUUGACAACCUCAAGCAUGCCAUCUUGGAUGAGGUGGAUCGCAUGUUAGACAUGGGCUUUGCUGAUACUGUGGAUGAGAUCCUACAGUUUGCUUACAAACAAGAUGUGAAACCACAGACAUUGUUAUUCUCAGCAACUUGUCCAUCUUGGGUGUACCAAACUGCAGAAAAGUACAUGAAGGAAGAUCUCUUCAAGAUAGACAUCAUAGGACAGCAGAAGAACAAGACUUCUACCACAGUCCAGCAUUUGGCUGUCAGAUGUAGUUACUUCGACAGAGCUGCAACUCUAGGUUCAAUAGUGCAUGUGUACAGUGGUAACCACGGCAGAGCUAUUAUAUUCUGUGAAAAGAAGAGAGAUGCUGAUGAACUGGUAGCCAGCCCACAUUUAAAGCAGGAAUCCCAUGUACUGCAUGGUGAUGUACCUCAACAGAAAAGAGAGCAGGUCUUGAAGGGUUUCAAAGAUGGUAAAUACAAAUGUCUUGUUGCAACUGAUGUUGCUGCUAGAGGUCUUGACAUCCCAGCAAUUGAUCUCGUGGUCCAGUGCAGUCCCCCCAGAGAUGUUGACUCUUAUAUUCACAGAUCUGGUCGUACAGGCCGUGCAGGAAGGAUGGGAACAUGUGUGUGUUUCUACAAACCUAAUGAAGAACGGGAAUUGAAAACUGUUGAAAAUAGAGCUGGUAUAAAAUUCAAGCGUAUUGGAGGGCCAACUACCAAAGACAUCAUCAGGGCAUCAGCUGAGGAUGCAGCCAGAUCUCUGGAGGGAAUUCCUGAUGCAACUUUGGAUCACUUUACAGAAUCUGCUGAGAAACUCAUAGAAGAGAAAGGUGCAGCAAAGGCCCUUGCAGCUGCACUAGCAGUCAUCUCUGGGUGCACAAAGAUUGUGUCAAGGUCGUUGUUAUCCUCAAAUGAGGGUUACACUACAUAUCUGUUCAGGACUAACUUAGAAUUUGAGCGCAUUGGAUAUGUUUGGCGAUCCUUGGAAAAGUACAUACCCUUUGAGAUAAAGGAAAAAUGUAUGAGAAUGAGGAUAACUGCAGACAAAAAGGGUGCUGUGUUUGAUCUGCCCUCCGAGCAUGACCAGGAGGUUAAAGACGCGUGGCAAGAUGGACAAUAUGACACACUAGAGGUUGCCAAUGAGCUACCAGAGCUUCUUGAGAGUGCAGAUAGGGGGAGCUUCAAUAGAGGCAACCGUGGUGGAUUUGGUGGAAAUAGAAACAGUUUUGGUGGAAAUAGAAACAGUUUUGGUGGAAAUAACAAUGCUAGCUUUGGAAGGAACCAAAGUCCUGGAUUCAGAGGCAGAAGUAAUGGAUAUGGCACCAAGAGGAGCUUUGCAGGUUCAAAUAACUCAAGUAGUUCAAAUAAAAAAAUGAGAUUUGAUGAAUAGUUUCAACAUCAUUCUCAAAUUAUAGACUGCACAAGUUCUUCCUACCUCAUGUAAGAAUCUGAGAAAUUGAAAGGGCACACAAGGCACAAAAUGUGAACCAUUUGAGUGACACUGAGUGAUGGAGGUGCUGAACUUCUAUUUUAUUCUUCUCUUUAGAGUUGACCUUCAUAUAGUCCCAUCUGACUGGUUCAGGGAAAAAUAUUAUUGACUCGACUAACUAGGAAUGGUUCUGAAAUUACCUUAAAUUGUUAUACACAUACACGUGUAAAGAUAUGUGGUUAGUACAACCAAGCUUUUAGUAGAAUGAAAAUGCGGUAAAAUAAAUUAUUGAAUUCUCCAAA